GACAGAACACAUGAUCACUGAGACUGACCACGUGAUUUUUCUCCCACUCUGUUCGCAACAACAACUUAGGACCAUUUAACCAGGACCACCACGAAAAUGGGGAUUCUUAAAGAAACUCUUGGCUUCCUGUUACUUUAUCUUUUUUCAAUUGAGGCUGCACACGCCAGGAGCUGCUCCACUUUUUUCUGCCACAAAUAUCAUCACCGCGUUAGCCGCCCCAGCGGAGUGGACCCGGGCUCACCGCUUUUCCUCACUCCCUACCUGGAGAAGGGCGCCAUAGAUGAAGCCAGAAAACUGAGUCUGGUUGGCAAACUGCCCGGUGACAACGUGAAGAGCUAUGCUGGCUAUUUCACAGUCAACAAGGAGUACAACAGCAACCUCUUCUUUUGGUUUGUCCCUGCACUUAUGGCAAACCGGGACAAGGCUCCUGUUCUGCUGUGGCUACAGGGGGGCCCCGGGGGCACUUCACUUUUUGGCCUGUUUGUAGAACACGGCCCAUAUGUGGUCUAUAAGAACAUGACUGUGGGGAUGAGGGACUAUGCUUGGACAUCCAGAUAUUCGGUGCUGUACAUCGACAAUCCGGUUGGCACAGGAUUCAGCUUCACAGAUGACGACAGAGGUUUUGCUCAGAAUCAAGACGAUGUUGGCCGUGAUCUAUAUAAUGCUCUCACACAGUUCUUCCAGAUGUUCCCAGAAUACCAAGACAAUGAAUUUUAUGCAACUGGAGAGUCCUAUGCUGGAAAAUAUGUCCCAGCUGUGUCCUAUUACAUCCAUAAAAACAAUCCCUCUGCCAAAAUUAAGAUUAAUUUCAAGGGGAUGGCUAUUGGUGAUGGACUGUGCGAUCCUGAAUUGAUGCUGGGUGGCUACGGCGAGUUCUUGUAUCAAACAGGAAUGAUUGAUGAACUACAAAAGGAGUAUGUGAACCAGCAGACUGACCUGGGAGUACAGCUCAUCCAGCAGGAAAAAUGGAUUGACGCAUUCAAAGUUUUUGAUAAACUAUUGAAUGGCGAUCUAGACCCAUAUCCAUCCUUUUUCCAAAACGCUACAGGCUGCACCAACUACUUCAACUACAUGACAUGUUUGGAGCCAGAGGACCAGGAGUACUUUGGAGAGUUUGUGACUCUCCCUUCAGUGCGGAGUGCCAUACAUGUGGGUAACCUGACUUUUCAUGAUGGUUCAGAGGUGGAGAAACAUCUGAUGCAGGAUGUCAUGAAGAGCAUCAAGCCUUGGCUGGGAGUGCUCAUGGACAACUAUAGGGUGUUGAUCUACAGUGGUCAGCUGGAUGUGAUUGUAGCCGCUCCCCUCACAGAGAGGUUUCUGCCCACUGUGAACUGGAGCAGAGCAGCAGAGUACAAAAAGGCCCCACGCUUCCCCUGGAAGAUUCAGCCCAGCGACACAGAGGUGGCAGGUUACGUUCGACAAGUGGGAGAGUUUUUCCAGGUCAUCAUUCGAGGAGGCGGGCACAUUUUGCCCUAUGACCAGCCAGAACGUUCCUUUGACAUGAUUGACAGGUUUCUUUCCACUCUUGGCUGGGUAUAAACAUACAUUUCCUGUAAUUUAUCAGAAACCUGUUCAUUUUAACAGAUCAAAGAAAUAAUGACCACUCUUGACAGUAUUGAUUUUAAAAAUGUAAAUCAUCAAUUAUCAUUUCUAACAGACACAAUGCAUGACUGCUUAACUGUUGUUUGGGAGCUGGGACAAUGAGGGAAAGUUAUUUAUCAAAUUAAUAAUGUUCAAAUGAAAUACUUGAAACUAUUUUUUUUUUUUAAAAUAAAGAGUUUAAAAGCCAAAAA